CGCGCUCUCCUCUCGGCUCUCCUUUUGCUCUCUUGGCGAUCUCGUCUUUCUGCGAAGGUCGGAGCUGCUCUCCGACGAAAGGACAAAGCUUCGAACGAUCGUCGGCUGGGAGCGUGUGGAGUACGACCGCUUCAUCCCGUUCCGAUCGGCGAUGGACAUGGACUUCGCUCGCUGUGCUCUAACCAUGCCUUCCAGACCUCAGCGUGAUGGUUCGAUAGAAUCCCCAUCGAGUGUGGCGUACCAAAAACUUCUUGUUCAAUGUAUUUUGAAGAACAGAUCUCGCAUCUUCGCAUUCAAGAGUGCACCCGAAUCACCGGCCGACAAGGUGUCCCAAUUUGACGAGGACAAUCGACCGCACAAGAAGCAACAGAGGCGAAUCCCAAAAGAUGCAGAUAGGGUUUUGGCUGCUUAUGAUAUCUUAGAUGAUGAUAGGUUGAAUCUACUCGACUGGGGAAGCAAUAACGUGUUGGCGAUUGGCCUCAAUGACAAAGUGUGCCCAUGGAAUGCUGCGAAUAAGUCUAGUACGGAGUUUUCACGAGCCCUAGAAGACAACAGCCCUGUCACUAGCAUCAGCUGGUCGCCAGACGGCAAAGUUCUAGCUGUGGCAUUAGGCAAUUCAGAUUUAGAUCUGGUUGAUGCAGCAACAAGACGUGUGUUGGUUGGGAUCCAAGGUGACAGCCACUCCUUUGUUUGUUCACUUGCGUGGAGAAGUAAUGCAAUCUUGACGGCUGGGAGAUCCGAUGGUAGUAUUGUUGAUUAUGACAUUAGAAAAGAUGAUCGGGCCAUCUGUGACUAUAGAGGGCAUCGACUAGAAAUUUGUAGUCUUAAAUGGUCCGAAUUGUUUGGGCGGUAUCUGGCUAGCGGAGGGAAGGACAAACUUGUGCACAUAUGGGACACCCGCAUGGCUGUUGCAAAUCACCAUCCGCGCCAACAUCAAUUGCUUCACAAGAUCAGCAACCACACUUCCACUGUGAGGGCCCUUGAUUGGUGCCCUACCAGGAGCAAUCUGCUGGCUUCUGGUGGAGGACGUAAUGAUCAUUGCAUUAAGUUUUGGAGUGCUAUUAAUGGUGUUUGCUUGAACUCGAUUGAUACCGGCUCUGAAGUUUGUGCGUUGUUGUGGGACAAGAACAAUUCUGAAUUGCUGACCUCCCAUGGGUUUCCAAACAAUCAACUCAUCUUGUGGAAUUACACAUCCAUGACGAGAAAAGCUGAGCUUUUUGGUCAUUCAUCUCGUGUUCUUUACUUGGCUGGGAGCCCAUUGGGAGGUGUAGUAGCUUCUGCAGCAGAAGAUGAGACACUCAAGUUCUGGAAUAUCUUUGAGACUCCCAAACCACCAAAACCUGAAGCAAACACUGUGCCCUUUGCCCAAUUUAGUGUCAUAAGAUGAAAAUGCUGAUGGUUGGAAAAGACUAGGAGAGUAAUACGGAAAACUUCUUUAGUGCUUGACAAGAAGAUCCAUUGUUGAUAGCGUUGCAUAGAGCAGUUUGUGACAUCAAAGAGGCAAUAUAUUUUAAUACAAGCAUCAUACAUUUAAGAUCUUCAGAUACGGGUGCAAGCGCCUAAGUUAAGAUUUUUCUUGCUGAUUAGUUAUUGCAUUGUAGCAGACUAGUAGCAAUCUUCAUGAGAUUGUUAGAGAAGCUUGCUAAGUUUCAUACAAAUGCUCACCAACUAAUGACAUGGCUACUGUUUCAGUAUUUUGAAUUAUGCUGUUGCAGUCAUCUUUCACGAGUUUCAGCAUCCACGUGCUGUAGUUUGAAUCUGCUACUUGGACAAAGAUACCCAGAGCAAAGAUGCUUCACUUAUAGAAUUUGAGAAUCAGAUUUGUCGAUGAUAUUUCUUUAAUGUCGAAAACGAUAGAAAACCUCACAAGCAUGGAUAGUUUUAGUAUCUGAAUAGUUGUGCUUCUGCUGCGGUACCUUCGACUAUGGAUUGGUUUCAGACCAUACGGUCCGACGCUAGUUUGUUUUGUUUUUUCUAUUAUCUUUUCAGGUGAUAUCAGGUAUGUCCCAAUAUAUUAGUACCAUGCUGGUCUCAUAGAAUAUUGAAACUGAUAUUAGAGAGAGAUUAUAGACCUUGUUGUGUAUAUUUAUUUUAUUUCAGGAGUAAUUCUGAUGCAUCUUUGAUUUGAAUUAACAUUAUUUCUGGUAACGUAUGGAAUCUUACUUCUAGAUGAUUGUGUAACUUAGAGAAGGCACUUGGUGGGGAUGUUAGGAUGUAUGAUGGAACUACUCUCAUUGUCAGUAUCUUCAACCAAAUGGGUGCAAAAUUCAUGAAGCAGCCUUACAAGCAAGUGCCCACUAGGCUUUUUUCAAUUUUAGCUAUUUUAGAUUUCAUGGGAGCCAAUGUCAUGUCACUAAACAUGCAUUUGUUAUUCAUUUUUAGUUUUUGACUUCCCAGAUGUUAUUGUUGCUUGUUUCAUUAUACCUUAGCAACCUAAAAGUUAGGGAUGCAAUCCUAGAGACACAUUAUAUGUAAUCCAAGUUACAAAUAUUGUAUAUAUUAUUGCAGAACUCUUAGGGUCUGCUGAAAUAGAAGUUGCAUUUGACCACAACAGCAAACAUGAUGACAGAUAACUCAAUUUCUGAUAGUUUGAGAAAUUUUGAACAUUUGUUUUUUGAUAUUACAGUAUGGCUCUUUAAGUCAAGUCGUUGAUGGUUUGA